AUGGAUCAAAUAAUUCGUUUAAAUGUUGGUGGACAACGAAUUGAUACCUAUCUUAGAACUCUAUUGAUUGACAAAUCAUUUAUAUAUUAUGAUGUUUUCAAAAAUUUAUUAGAUAAGAAUUGUUCUCUUGAUUUACCAAUUGAUACUGAUGGAAAUUAUUUCAUUGAUGAAGAUCCAGAAGAGUUUGGUAAAAAAUUAAAAGAAUUAAGAGAGUCUGUUCAAAGAGAGAAUGGUAAUACAUUUAAAUCAAAAAAAUCUUUACCAAUUGGAGAGGAAAAGCCACUCACCAACAAAAAAUCAAAUGGAUUUCUUUUUUGGAAAUCAUAA